AUUAGUGAAAGCCUGUCGAAGAGUACAAGAGCACUACAGGUCUAAAACCCAGAGUCUUCUGCCUAUCAUCUCCGUGAAGGGCUGCCCACACUAUUUUGCUUAGUUCACGCUCUUUACCAGUAUGGCACCCGAUGCUUCAGAUGCUUUUGCAGUGAGGGAGAAAGUUGAGAAGUUCCUUAAUGCUGCUCGGACCGGGAACAUUGAUCUUUUCAAGAAUUUGGCCAAACAGAUUGGCGGUGGGAAUGAGUUGGCACAGACGGUGGCAGAUGUUAUGGAUGCAAACAAGCGUGGAGCUCUGCAUUUUGCCGCUAGGGAGGGCCAGACUGAUAUGUGCAAGUACUUAGUUGAGGAAUUGUUGCUUGACGUUAAUACCAAGGAUGAAGAUGGAGAAACUCCUCUUCUUCAUGCUGCACGACAAGGUCACACUGCUACUGCCAAGUACCUCUUACAACAAGGAGCUGAUCCUGCAAUUGCUAGUGAGAUGGGGAUAACGGCCUUGCAUCACUCUGCAGGAUUAGGAAAUAUUGAGCUGAUGAAAGCAUUUCUUUCGAAAGGUGUAAAUGUUGACUUGCAAAGCCAUGCUGGUUCACCACUGAUAUGGGCUGCAGGUCACGACCAAGAAGAUUCUGUCAAGCUGUUGCUAGAACACAACGCUGAUCCCAAUGCCGAAACCGAUGAUGAUAUUACUCCUUUGCUAGCAGCUGUGGCAGCAGGUUCGUUGCAAUGCCUAGAGCUGUUAUUAAAGGCGGGUGCCAAAGUGAAUAUAACAGCGGGUGGUGCAACCCCUUUACACAUUGCUGCCGAUAAUGGUAGUCCAGAAAUAAUCAAAACGUUAUUACAAGGAGGAGCUGACCCUAAUGCCGUUGACGAGGAUGGAUUGAAGCCAAUUCAGGUUGCUGCUGCUAAAGGUAAUCGAGCAGCUGCAGACCUUUUUUUCCCUGUUACAACACAACUUCAAGGUGUGCCAGAAUGGAGUGUUGAUGGACUAAUUGAAUAUAUGGAAUCUCAAGCUGAUAAAGUACAGGGGGAAAACACUCUGAAGGAUUCGAACAAGCCUGAGGAUCCCACUCUUUCUAAGAAAGAUUUACCUGAGAUAUCCCCCGAGGCCAAGAAGCGAGCGGCUGAAGCAAAAGCUAGAGGGCAGGACGCUUUUGGAAGAAAAGACUAUGCAAUGGCUGUGGAUGCAUACACACAGGCUUUUGAUUUUGAUCCAACUGAUGCAACAUUGCUUUCUAAUAGAAGUCUUUGUUGGCUUCGAUUGGGUCAAGCUGCACAGGCCUUAGCAGAUGCGAAGGCCUGCAGAGAACUCAGGCCAGAUUGGCCUAAAGCUUGCUAUAGGGAAGGUGCUGCUCAUCGUCUAAUGCAGAAGUUUGAAGAUGCAGCAAAUGCCUUCUAUGAUGGUAUCAAACUUGACCCCGAAAACAAGGAACUUGUGUCAGCUUUCAGAGAAGCUGUUGAAGCUGGGAAGAGGUGCCAUGCCAUGAGUACUCCAAGUUCAGAUGCCUCAAGUUAAAUAUAUGGCUAAGCGGCGACUGCUUUGCUAACAUCUCCAGAUAAGGCUGAUCAUUGAGCUUCAACCAGCCAUUACCUCUCCGUGCACUUGGCUAUAGAUUAUCGCCAUUCGAAUUUGAAUAUAUUUAAGCAUUUAUUUUGUUUCUGCUUUAGCUGAUAUAUAUGCUUGUAAACAAUGUAACCAAUUAUAAAUGAGGCUGCAUUUGUAGAAUCUUCAUUUGGCAUUUCCUUCUUAAACUUUUGUGUGGUUAAUGACAUUUUUUGUUCAAAGGCAGCCAAAUAUAUUGCCAAAUGCCC